UAGAGGGAGGAGGAGAGGGAGGAGGAGAGGGGGAAAGUGACGGAACAACGGAGCAACAUAGUGGAGAGAUAGAGGAGAGAGGGAGAGAAAGCGCGAGAGAGAAGGAAGGAGGGAGGGAAAACGAGAGGGGCUGCGAGGCGACUAGGUUGUCAGUGUUUGCCUCUGCCUCCCCAGCAGUGGGAGAGAUGUGCGUAACAUGCAGCGGAGAGCGGUGAUCAUCAUCUGCGCGCCGCAUCGCCGUGGACCGCCGUGCGCACUCGAAGACGGAGACGCACCGAGGGGCGCAGCCCGCUCUGCCGAACCUGUCGUGCGCGAGGCACCGACGAUACACUCCUGAAGACACACAAGAAGGAGACGUGGAAGCAUGUCAGCCCUUCAGACGGUGAUCGGGGGUUAAUCGCCCUGCUGUUUGGAGCCACUCUGACGCACCGGCGGCGAAUCAAGAUCAAGAGCGCAUAUUUUUUGUGUGUUGUUGUUGCACGGAAUCACCAGCCCUCUCUUUUUAUUUGACCACAUCCAAACCGGACUAUCAAGUGAGGAUUCUUUUUUUGCAUGAAAGGGAUGAAUGCAGAAUUACACGGCCAACAGAAUAUGAGUCAGCGCGUGUCUGUGAGCUGAGGUGGAGUGUGUGUCUCUCCCGCUGCACGGCUGUCUCGGUCCGCCACAAACCUUCCUACGCCAGGAUGCAGCUGCUCAGAGUUGCGUGGGCACUGACCGGAGCGGCGAUCUGCUGCUUUCUCCUUCUCCUCAUUCACUCCCGCCUGCUCAAAGAAGGCCAGCUGGCAGCGGGGACAUGUGAGAUUGUGACGCUGGACAGGGACAGCAGCCAACCACGGCGGACCAUCGCCAGGCAGACGGCCCGCUGCGCCUGUAAGAAGGGCCAGAUCGCUGGAACUACAAGAGCCAGACCUGCCUGUGUGGACGCUGGUAUUGUUCGGAAAAAGCAGUGGUGUGAGAUGGUGCCGUGUUUGGAGGACGAAGGCUGUGACCUGUUAGUCAAUAAAUCUGGCUGGACUUGUACACAGCCCGGAGGCCGAGUCAAAACCACCACGGCUCUAUGACGCGACAAGAGUCCCCCUCGACACUCUUGCACUAUGGAGAGCAUUGAUGACCCCUUGACAGACAGCCAAAAACCAUCUGCCAACACCACCCUACAACCACCACCACCACCACCAACAUCACAACAACUCCACCCAAACCCUGGUCCCGCAAAGGCAGGAAGCAACAUAAGCAGCUACAGAGCACCAAGGGCCUCAUGGAGGCAGCAAGGUCUCAUAACACAGCCAGAGACGGAAAAACCGGGGAGUGACUAUUUGAGGGAGCAAGCGCUCCCCUGGACACUGGACAAACUACUCGCUGUAAAACACUUUCCAUUUCCUGUGACCAGCCCCUCCGGGUUUGUGACUGCUCCCUCCUGCUAUCUGUCGUUGGGUCAAAAUGUUGCAUCCACCUCCUCUCCACUCUAUCUGCCUGCUCUGUGAAAUUAGCAGCGCCUGCUCGUACCAUGGAGGAUCGGACACCUUGAAAUCCCACGAAUGGUUUUUGCCUGACUGGAGGUACUGUGUUUGAAACUGCUAACUGGUUUGAAUAAGGGAUUUCCUCACAUCUCUCUCCCAGCCUCUAGAGCAGGAGUUCCAGAGCAAAGAAAGGAUCAUUACAGACCGGACCCUGUUGCUUCUCGGACCACUUUGCGAGGCCGUAAAAACCGAACUGAGCGCUCUCUGCUGUGAAUAGGCCUUCUGCUGGAGUAAACCUCCCAUAUUUUUAUAGACCAAAGAGCAAAACAACAAAUACGAUCAUUAUGACAGAGUGGACCAUGUGGCAAAGACACAGGGAGACUUUGUGAACUAACUGUUUGUGUCACCACCAACCUACGACUGCCCCCUCCCCACAGAGACUCGGUGCACAAGUGGACCGACGCAAACUGAACGGUGGCACAUGUACCGUACACAAUCAAAGGAGUACUUUUAAACUUUCCAGACAUUUUUUUCUCAGACUAAGCCCACCACUGUAUUUUGGAACUGGAGAUAUAGGUACUACAUACGUAUAACUGUGUAUCAAAAAAGAAAAAGAAAAAAAAUUCUGAUUUGCAUUUUUCAGUAGCUACGGUUUGGAAAGUUUGCAGGAAGCAUCGGCGAGUUGGUCACGGAUCAGGAGAGCGAAUCAUAUCAAAGAGAUGAUGAAUAUCUACAGAGAGUAUAAAUGCUAUUGAGUCUGACACGAAGGAGUAAAGAAAUGUCAUUAAAUGUAUUUUGAAAGGCCCUAAAAAGUUAUAUAUUUAACAGUUUUAUAUGUUGUACCUUUGUAGAGAAGCUUAUUGGACUUAAAAUGUGGUCACAAUGGCAGUUUAGUAGGAUGUGAACAAAUGCUGUUGUUCUCAUUACUGCUGGCUCGUAGUCCCAGGUUUUCUGUUCACACCUCAGUAGCCGCUUUCUUUUCAUGGUCAUCUACAAGUCACUGUCUAUCAGAACCAUUAAUGGAAAAAAUAAGGAAAGUGACAAUUUAUUGAGGACUGAUCUGCAGCCAACUGAACAUUGUAAAUCUAUGGUAGUCAGUGGAAGCCAUUGAAAUCUGCUAAUUUGCUAUGAUAUUGUAUUGUACACGGUGUGGAAUACUGACUCAUUUCCUCUCUAUGGGUUUUGAUCUCUUAAUUUAUUUUUGUGCUUGUGUUUGUUCUCGCACAAAUCUGGCCUCUCUCUGCUGGCGACGAGUACAACAUGGAGAGAGAAAGAGAAAGCCGAGGAAGCAUCGCAAAAGUAUUAGAGUCAUUUACAUACAUUUUUUAUCAUGAAAUAUUU